UUGCAGGCAGUCAAGCUAAAGGACCAGGGGAAUACUCAUCUCCAAGCAGGUGAUUUGGCGAAAGCUGUGGAGUGUUACACCGAGGCGAUCUCUCUCGACCCCUCAAAUCAUGUAUUCUACAGCAACCGAUCUGCAGCCUAUGCUAAGGACAAGAAAUAUGAGCAGGCAUUAGCUGACGCCAAGAAAUGUGUUGAGUUAAAACCAGAUUGGGGCAAGGUGAGAGAAUUGACUUGUUCAGUUUUCAUGGCGAUCAAGAAGCAAAAUUUCAGAGUCCAUGUGAAAUUGAUUUAUCAGCAUUAAAGCAGGGUAUUUAAUAUAAACCAUGACUUUUUGCGAAAAGAAGCGAAGGUGUGUGACUUUGCUUUUCGAAUACUGCUUGUGGAUGAAUGUUAUCAUAGCGUAUUGCAUUGUAAAUAACUUGAUUUGUUUUUAUAAACCCCUGUCAACAACUCGUAGGUACAUACAUGUACAGUGUUUCUACUAUACAUGUACAUGAAUUUGCAAGUUAUAGAAAAUAAAUGUUAUAAAAUAAGCAUGCCUUGCUUUGCGAGGUUUAUAAUCUUGUCGCGCGUGAAGCGUGUGUACCACGCGUGGUGUUAGCAACCUGCAAAGUCAGCUGGCCCAUCUAUAAUUCUAUGUAUAUAUCGCCAUGGUGUCCGCCCUGACAUCAUCUAGGGUGUGACGUCACGGAGCAUUUUGUGUUUCCAGGGAACACCGAAGAGCGUCUUGGUUUGGUCAUAUUUCUAUCGGUUUGGUGUUUUUAGUGGCUGUUUUAGGAGUUAAGUGCUUUUUGCAAUGAAUUUCAAACAUUUAAGUACUUUUAAGAGCAAAGGGAAGCGAUUUUGGAUAAUUAGUCUUAAGAUAUGAGCGAAAAUUGAGGUAACAAAACACGUUUUGCUUACAGACGAGGUUAUACCCCACCGGCUUAGUCGGGGGUCUGUUAUUUAAAUGCGAUGAAAUGGGUUUAUGUUGUAGUUAAUUUUUUAUUUCAGUUAAAAUCAGACGACGAUCGAAUAGUAUCCCAUGAUGCACCUCGAUUCAUGUUAUAUUAUCACUGCGUACGCGACACAUUAUGAUUAGUAACCUUCAGCACGCGCGAAGUGAACAUCGAUCGCAGUGCUCGAUGUGGAUGGUUUCCAAACAUGUUUCGGUUCAGCAGCUUCUGCUUUUGAGAUUAUCGAGUUGGCUUAAAUUCACUGUGCUUUAAAGGAGAAUUUCAGCGUUGCUUUGACUGAGAAGGGUUUUACAUGUAUUUCACUGAUCUGUCAAGAACUAGUUGUGCCGCGCUCGGUCGCACUGUAAACACAAAUUAUAAGACUCGCAAUUGAUAAGCUUCGCUAGGUUCACUAGGAGAACCCAGGCUAGAGGAGAACUAAAAACUAUGACUGAUCUAUAAAGUGGUUCCAACAAAACAUCCGCUACGCUGUGAAGCUAAUUACCAAAGGAUAAUUUAUUACAACAUCGCGCUCAAAGGAGCUGAAGUUUACAAUGCCAGUUACAAAUAAAAUUUAACCUAUCGAUGCGACAAACAAUUCUCUGAGGCACAGUCUACCUGGUACUGACUCAAGCAAUCUUCAAGGAAAUUUCCUGGCCACAAUACUGAUCUGUUCUUUUGAAUAAAUAAAGUUUCUGCAUGAUGUUUCUUUUUCAAAUUCCGAGUAGGCUUCAGUUUACGUUGUGCCGGCUUACAUGCUGCGUGGUUCCUUGGGUUCUUUUCACACUGAAACACACCGUUAUACACUGCUCCUUCUUCGAAUUAAAAUAAUUAUAGUCAAAUUCCUUUUAAAAAUAACCUCUUUGAAAAUACAAAGUGAUUGCUUCGGCAUAAAGCGCUCUCAAAAGCGCCCAACAGAUUGUAGCCUUCAUCAGGCUUUACACAUAUAUUAUGACACAUGGCGCUGAAAUGUGAUAAAAGAUUCGAAAUUUCAGCCAUCUUUGGUCGACAAAAAAGUCUUCAAAAUGUGGGUACUUCUGGGUACUUCUUGGCCUGUACAAUAUUCAGGACUUCAUUUUGCUGGCGUGAGGUCCACAUUUGUAAGAUUUCGACAUAUAUUCCAAAAAACCUUGAAUAUUCAUGACCUGGUUGUGGGUCACUGAACACUUUGUGAUGGGAAGACUAAUUGAAACCGUGAAAAUAAAUGUUUCUAAGUGGAAACUUCGCUCUUAAGCCAUUGCAAAUCGGAGAAAUCAUGUCAAAUAACGAAAUAAUGUAAUUUUUUUACUUUUACUGGAAAUCGAGUGCGAAAAAAGCUGACGAGAAAACGACCCUAUUUCACGAUGGAAUCUGCUAUGACUGCGAUAUUGCGUGAUGCUUCUGGAAAAUGCAUCAUGGGAUACUAUUCAAUCCUCCUCUGAGUUAAAAUUAACUGAAAUAAAGAAUUAACUGCAACAUUUACAUUAGGCAAAACAGCAGUCAUUCCUCUGAAAAAUAUCUUUGAAUUUGUGUUCAAUAGGGCUCAAUCAACUUUAUACAGGGCGUGCUGGGAGAAGUCCUAGGGGAAAGGCUUUUAAUAAAACAUUAUCGAUUCCUUCACAGUGUGUUCCACAUGGCAUAGUGGUAAUGAAAUAGCCUGGCACAUAGGAGUUCCAGAGUUUGAUUCCGGGCAGAACCUGUUUUUCUUUUCUUUUUUUUGUUUUCCUUUUGGGCUAGUUUUCUUUUUAGUAUUUUGUUUUUUUAUAGCUCUAUAUAGGCUCGAUUUCCGCUGUCUCCCGGGUACGGUCUUUGAUCCUCCCCGAAGAGAGCUCUUUCGGGGGGAUGAGUCCUGGCUCAUUUUUCCGAACAGCGGCUGGUAAUCGAGCCUAAGCUCUAUAUAGCUUAAGUUUUUUAAAACUUGUAAAUUUUCUUCCCUAAUGCCUUCUUUCCCUUUCAACUUCUUGCUGUACCCUCAAAGUCCUUCACUGGGUCAUGCGAUUCACGUAUUUCUAGUUUAAAAUUAGUAAGAAAACUUAAAACUAUUACUAACCUAGCACCUUGCAAGUGAUUUAUCCCUUAAAGUGCCCCUAACCCUUCAAUUUGUUUUCUUUUGGUAGAUUUCCAUAUCUUUCAAGAGCUCAUUUUCGAAAAAAAAAUUUUCAGAAAUAUUGAAUCCUUUUUUUUACGGGCACUAAAAGUGAAGGCAAUCUUGUGAAUAUUUUCACCUAUCAUUCGCAUUAGUCCCCCACUUGGCCAAAUGUGUCCAAAUAUGGAGCGUGACAUAAGAAAAGGACAUCGUGUGUAAAAAAUAUGUGAAGAUUCGCGGUAAUGCGUUAUUGUUAAAUAGAGAAAAUGGUUGAAAAAUGUGUGGUUUUUGGAUGCAGCAACUCUCGAAAUAAAGAGAAAGGAAUCAGCAUGCAUAAGAUUCCUUCUUUCAAUGCUUCGUGCUUUGGAAUGGUGUCCUUUUCUUACAUCACAGCUAAAAAAGUGUCAAAUUUCAGACACUUCUCAGUGGCUCGUUCGUAAUGAGCCCACGAGACAAAAAUUUGUCCAGCGGGGCUUAUAGCUCGCAAGAAUUUAAAAAUUUCAAUAACUCUUAGCGCUCGUAAAAGAAAAGGAUUCAAUAUUUCUGAAAAUUUUUUUUCGAAAAUGAGUUCUUGAUAGGUAUGGAAAUCUACCAAAAGAAAGCAAAUUGAAGGGUUAGGGGCACUUUAAAAUUCUAUAUAAUUCCUUUAAUUUAGUAUGGCCACUGAAUCGGUGAAAGGGUUCCUUGACUCUGCUACAGUCUCACUUGUAACCAAAAUGACUUGUUUAUGGAACUAUAAGAUCUGAUAAUUUUUUGUUCUUCUUUUUUGCCAUUGGCACAAAAUUUCCUUAAACUGAUUUUUCUUGUUUCAACAUUCUGGUUGAUCUUCCUUCCUAUUACCUGUUAUGCACUGCAGCAGUUUUUUUGCCCUCAAGACAAGAGAAUAUGGAUCCAACAGUACCAUACCUACUCAUGCCAUUCCAUAUUUUUAUUUAAUUUUUACUAAAAGGGUUAUUCAAGGCUGGGUGCUGCAUUAUCAUUCCUUGGGCGCCAUGAUGAAGCAGAAAAAGCUUACACUAAAGGUCUUCAGUUGGAUCCAAAUAAUGCCCAGUUAAAAAGUGGCUUAGAAGACGCAAAAGCACAAGCUGCCCGUAAGUAGUUUUGAGUCCCACAAAGCUCUCAGAACAAGUUGUUUAAAACCCUUUAAUAUCCCCCAAUAUUCACUUAUAAAUUCUCCCGACUGAUUCCCGUACAUUUCCUCAAAGAAUUAGUUUGAGUAAUUUGAUAAAAGAUCAAAGCAUUCUCCCCAAGGUUACUAGCCUGCAAAAACAGUCAUUUCUCCUUGCUCUUCGCCCCUGAGGACAUUUCACAAGGAGGAAUAUCUGCAACUCAGGGGCAGAAAUUACAUACUGAUGACAUAAAUCAAUGUUUACGUAAUAAAUCCGGUAGUCACUGGGUUCCAAAUGCAAGUUUGUUCAAUUUUAGGUUUCUCCAGGUCAAUUUUGGUAAAGUGUUGUGCUCAUCUGCGAACGAGCUCCAGCAAAACUCAAAUGCUCCUUCUAGAGAAGAUAUAUCCCACAAAUAUUGACUGUUUUGUUAUAGAUUCAUGGCGUCAUUCUUAAACAAUAGCUAAAACAAUGUAACUACUCCGUAGUCCAAUCAGUGUUUAUGACCAGAUUCUGGACAGAUUUUCCUUUGCGUGAAACGUCCCAAACAGUAAUGAGCGAGGAGAAAUGGGUGUUUUCGCAGGCUACAAGGUUACCCUUGUAUUUGUUAUUCUCCUAUCCUUUUCUCUUGAUUGUGUAUUGAUAAUUAUGCUGAGGAGAAAAGUGAUGUUAAUCAGCCAAUGAAAUAGUAGAUGACUGUCCCAAACAAUGUCCCUUCCCUAGCCUUGAAGUCAAUAGCCUGUGAAAUGCAGCAGUCUCUUCUCUUUCUUCACCACUAAGGACUUUUUGUAGGAGAUCAGAGGCGUCUGUGAUUCGGCCAGGCAAAUUCCAUACUGAUGACAGAAUCUGCUCAACAAACGCUGAUUGGUCAUUGUAGAAAUUUUGUUCUUUUAGCUAUUGUUUGUGACUGAAAGAUAAAAGACAAAAGAUCACAAAGAUCAAAAUGUAAAUGCAACUGAAUUCAUGGAAUAUAUUCUUUUUUACAAGAAAUAUUUGAAUUUGUUGCUGCUUGUUUGCAGAAAAACUCAAAACUUUAAAACAAUAUGUAACCUUCUCCAGGAAAAUGUACCCUAACACUACCUAAUUGUCUUGUUACUCUCAGCUUUUACCACAAACAUAUCUUUUGAAAUAGGAAACAAUCCAAUGAUGAAUCCAUUUGCAAUGCCCGACUUGUAUGUUCGUCUUGCGACAAACCCAAAGACCAAAGCAUUUUUGGAACAAGAAGACUAUCGUAAGACAGUUGAAACUGUACGGCAGAACCCACAGUUGCUUGGAACGUAAGUUGGACUUUGUGAACCUUAUGUAUCCAUCAAAGUGAUAAGUCAAAGCAGGCUUUCUAGCCUGAGAAAACAGCCAAUAGUUUGAAACGCCGCCACCGGUUUCCCCUGCAAAAUGACGUCUGAAGAACCUGGGGAGAUAUUCCAUGCUGAUGGCUACCUAGAUCUUGGUAGUGCUUUUGAUUGGUUGAAGCACAUCCUUACAGGACGACCACAUCUGGGUGGUGACACGUCAUCGUUAUGGAAAUUCUGCAGUCAUUUCUCAGACUCAUUUUGCAGGGGAACCGAUGGUUGCAUAACAAAAUGUCAGCUGUUUUCACAGGCUACAGGCUUUCUGGCAUGGUGUUGAAAAUGCUAUGAAAUUAUCCGCUGUUUCUAGGAGGUCACAUUAUGUAUAAAAAUUUCUUUGAGGCAAAUUAUGCAAUUUCUCUGGAUUACGUGUACAUUUGGCAUCAUUGGAACACUUGCUGUACUGUCAUUUGAUUCACAUCAACCGGAGAAAGUUUAUAAUGUUCUUCAUGAUGUUUGUGAAAGUAAAUAACCUAAAAUUUGCAUUUUUUAUUUAAUUCUAUUGACUUGUCCAUUAUUAAAAUAUAAAAUUUCAAGUGGAAUUUAUGACCAGAUGCAAUUUGAUCAGGGUUCUUAAUAGAAGGCGGCACCCGGCGAUUGAUCGCCGCUUACUUUGGGAUUUAUAGCCGCUUACUUUGUGUUUAAGUCGCUUUUCUUUGCUUUGUUUUGACACCUCUGGCUUUGCGGAAGAGCCUCCUACUUUAUCAGUGAUCACCUCCUACUUAAAAAUCUAUUGAGAACCCUGAAUUUGAUGUUAAUGAUUUAUGUCAAAUCGCAUCUGACCAUACAAUGUGGGAAAUUGCAUCACCCGUAAUGUUAAGUUAUAAAGUUAUGUCAAAAGGGUAGGGGAAGGAGUAUGGAAAACCUCUCUGCACAGAUGUGAUUGUUUUAAAAUUUGAGAUCCUGCUAAUACCACUAAUAAUUAGUGGUAUUAGCAGGAUCUCAGGAUCUGGGCCCCCAACAGACUCCACAAAUUACCGGAAAUGUGUUUUGAAUUUCCCAUCAACUGGAAUGGCAAUUUGACGAGGGCUUUUUUAACACGUCAAUCAUGGCAUCAUAGUUAGUAGAGGAGACUGGUUAGGAAACCCGGCAAACAUCAAAGUUGUGAAACAAUGGUGCUGUAGUUUGUGUCGGAAGCUCCCUGACCGUGCACAAUCCUUUGUUUUCUGUUCACAAAUUAUGACUGAAUAAAUUAACGCAAUGUUUCUAUUGAUCAAUAACUUCAAAAUGAUAGGAAUGCUAUUGAACAUUGUGCGUGGUCAGGUCCAAAAGAGCUAACAAAAACCUAAGACAAAGGUUUUCCCAACCAUUCCACUUUAAUUAACUACGAUGGCAUGCAAUCAAAUCCUGGUACAUAGAUGGGGGCCCAGAACAUGGAUUUUGGUGCAAGAAUAAAGAAAAUAAAGGUCAGCAAAGAUAAAACUUCUUGAUGGUCAAACAGAUUUUCAUUAGUACCAUAAAAAAAUGUAUGGCGAACAAUGUGAAGAAUAUUUAACUUGAUACUAGGCCGUUCAGUGUUAGCUUUGAUUUUAACAGGUACUUGCAGGAUCAAAGGAUAAUGCAGACUGUUGCAGUUUUGCUUGGGAUUGAUGCCGAUGUACAAGAUAAUGAUGGUACGUUUUAAGAACACAGAUACCCUUUUAGACCAGAAAGUGCAAUGGCAUUGGCACUAGUCUUGGGAAGCCAACAACAAGAUAAAAGGGAGUCAUAGCAACAGAAUGUGAAAACAGCAAUGAUAUUAAUAAGCAAGACAACAUCUCUGUACAUACAUCACACUUUUUUUACCAUUUCCUUUCCAUCACUGCACAACCAUAACUAUGGUGUGAAAUUUCCUCACGUAACAUCUUAUGACAAUUGCAAACACAAAACAAUGAGUCAGUUCCCAUAGAAUUCUAAUCUCAGAAAAUUCACCUUCUUUGUCAUUUACUUGCUUUUUUUCUCCUUCUUCUUUAAAUUUUCCUGAAGACACUGACUAGAAAGUGUGUUUGUUUGUUUUGCCAAACUUAUUGCUUUAGCGACGUUCACCAUGAUCAUGCUUUCUGAAGCUCCCUAAUCUUACCCACACAGAACCUCCUCCACCUCCAAAACCAGAAGAGAAGCCAUCAACAGCUGAGCCAAUGGAAACAGAGCCUGAACCUGAACCCGAAGUGGAUCCUUCAAUCAAAAAGGUAAAAACAUUAACUAGCUUAGGCCAGGAGGACCAUCAGAACUGUUCAAUCAGCAUGCAAAGAAAGUCGUGUCUGAUAACCUGGGACUAGUGGAUUUUGCUAUUGGGUUAAUGAAUUCUGUGCUUAGUUUCCCCACUGGCAAGUGAAGUUUUAUGGGGAAUUCAAAUUACAGAAGAACUGUUAUCAGUACUGUGCAUCAAAAUAUUUUUUUCGCGCUGGUUAAAAUGACUCUUGGGCUAGUACAUGCUAACUACAUGUGGGUGCAGCUUGCUCUAAUGUCGAGCUGUAAACCUGACUUUCUUUGCACCAUGUCAAGGCAUUGUGAUUUCAGGCACUACACUUGAUCUCAUACAUUUAAUUUAUUUUGAAAUGGCUGCUCUUGGUUUGAUUCAAGCGAUCGGGAGAAAUGCUUCAUAAAAUACAGAAGUUUGUACCUUUUGAUUCCAAGAUGAUAAUAUAAUGUAAGAAAAAUGAAUAAAAUGUGUCUCAAAAAAAGUGUUGUCUGUUGCAAAAAUGGCUUAAGCUACGGCGCACAAAGGCAACGUGAGCAAAAUGAUUGGCUCCUUGGAAGGCACUGUAAAAUUACUAAAGCCCUGCUAAAGCCCAAGACUGGCCCACAUACAAUUAUAUUAUUAGUGGUGGGGACCACUGACUAGCAUUGUCUCGUGUUUAACCUUGCCUAAAUUACAUUUAGGUUGCUUUCCUUUCAGCCAAUCCAGAUUGUUUUAAUUUUUCUCCUAGCUGGGACAAAAAUCUGAAAUAAGAUUGAUCCAUACAGUAGCUGCCUGCUGUUCUGAUCUUCUUGUCAAUUUCAAGUUAUUGUUUUUCAUUUCUUUCUGCUAAAUUAAGUGUCUUCUCAUGGAGAAAUGAAAAGAAAAAUAGCUCUUUAACUAGUGCUGGUUCAUACUGGGACUUGUCAAUGUAAAAUUAUGUGGAAUUUGAUUCAUGAAAAUUCAGAAGACCAUAACGAAUUCUCAAGUGCUGAGAAGGGCUUUCUAAACACACACACAUUGGACACUAUCGCUUUAUGGUGAGAAAAUGCAAGCGUCUUCGCUUCCUUGUGAAUUUAGAGUUACAGGCCCUUUAGCGGCAUAGAACAAAGGAGGAGUGUAAAUAACUUUUGCAGGAACUAACCUCCGCUGUGUGUAUCGAUGAACAAGCACAAUCUUGCAAUCCGAAAGCAGUUUUGUUAAGUGACGUGAAAAUCUGAAAACAGAUUGACAUACCAAUGUGAACAAUUCAAAUGUGGAGGUGGAUUGUUCAGUCUGCAAUCUCAGAUUGGUUAAGUCCUUAAUGGAACGAAAAAUCAAAUUUUGGAUCGCAAAAUCAGGAUUUGGAAUGAUUUCAGAUUUCAGAUUUUUUAUUUCUUUCACUAUUUCAAUAGUUUAAUACAAAAAAUUACAAUACAUAAUUUGGUCAAAAGGAAUGCAACCUUAGCCACAUACGAUAUGUGCAGGACACAUCAGUAAUAAAGUUGACAUUAUUAAUACAUUGUAUUUCAAUUAUUCUCCUUUUUUACAGUCUUUGGAGGAGAAAGAGCUUGGAAAUGCUGCUUACAAGAAAAAAGAUUUUGAAACUGCCCUUGCGCACUACAAAAAUGCAAUUGAACUUGAUCCCACAAAUGCCAGCUUUCUCACUAACAGAGCAGGUCAGUAUUAGAACAUAAUAGCUCUAUUAUAAUAAAAUCAAGCUGGUUAGUUGCUGUUGCUAGUUGCUGUUUUGGCCUCUACUACCACUACACUACUACUAUGACCGAGCAAGAGCACACAUCUUAAGGGGCUCCCUAUCCAACAUAGCUGUUCUCAGCUCUUCCACACUUUCCAAGCUGGUAUCACUUUUCAGGUUAUCUAUAUAAGUAACAGCUGGUCUUCCCAUGUUCAUGCGUCCACUCAUCAGCUGCCAAUUGAAAGUACUAGCUUAGAUGCUUCCUCCCUGGGGUGCCUAACAUAAUGGCCGGCUAGCUUCAACCUUCUGAAGCCCACCUUUGAUGACACUGGUGGCAAAUUACCAUAUAAUCCUUGUUGGUCAAUUUAUUUUGUCAAGACACAUUAAAUACCAUACGUAACAUUUUGAUAUAACACCCAUCUAGUUUCUUCUCCAUAGCUUUCAUAACUGUGCAUGUCUCACUUUCAUUGAGCAGGAUUUGACAGGUACAUGUUUUUGGUACAUGUACCUGUAAAAUUAAUGAUCGCUUAGAGGAGGUACAGUAGUAGUACAUGGAGGUAACCCCAGAAAGUUUGAAAAAAAGUGCUGUCCUCAAAUAAGCUGGGGCACUCGUCUCUUUUGAGUAAGGCUGUUGUCAUAUCAUACCAGAUAGCUCAGGGGCGGAUCUAGGGGGAGGGUGCAGGGGGUGCAAUCAGAACGCAGCAUUGAUAAUAGACCACUAGUUGGAUUUUACAAAUACUGGAUAGCUUUUUGUGUCUGUCCAGUAUAGUGUCAAUAUAGCCUAAAUACGGUAUGCUUCAUGCUAACCAAAACGUACUAUUUGCUCCUUCUUGUUUGCUAAAAUUGCUUUAACAGUUACAUUUACUUGCCUUAAGAGUGUUGUUAUUAAGACCUUUUACAGAAUUAGUACAGCAUAAGGAAUAAUAUAAUUAUUUUGCUGGGUUGUGUACAUUAUGUUUUCAGCUGUAUAUUUUGAACAAGGGAGGUUUGAAGAAUGUAUUGAGGAAUGCCAAAAGGCAGUUGAUGUUGGCAGAGAUCAUUCUGCAGGAUAUCAGAUGAUUGCAAAGUAAGUUAUGUUUAAAAUUACGUAAAAGCCUGACUCUCAGCCUAGACCAAAGAUCUGCCACUCGCCUUACCUUUGUAGCAGGCCGUAAGCCCGUUUUCGCCUGGGAAUUUUACUGAAGAAAGCUAGUCAAAGCCCUUUUCAUAGUCACUGGCUGGCUAUUGAAAGAGGUAAAACUUACCAAAAAGCCGUUUACAGGUUGUAUACUUUUCAACCUUCUGAUACAGAUGCAAAAUAAUAUUUGCUUCUGAAGUUCCGGCAUGCACAGAAAGUGAAAUGUUUGGGUUUAGAAGUGACACAGCAUUACUUUUGUCACUUUUUGUAUUUUUAAAUAUUUGAGACAGGCCAUUUCUUAUUGAUAGACUCUAAGGGGCUGUUUCCAUGAAGGGAGGAAGAUCCUAGAGGGUGGAUAACCCUAGUACCAUAUGUUUAAGUUCUGUAUUUGGUUUGCUUUCAAAGGGUUGUACUUGUCCCUGGCCCUGGGAUCUUCCUAGUAUUAGUAAGAUCCUAGUACUGGGGACAAACCAAACAAGAGUGGCCGACCAUUGCGUUUCUGCCGAAAGGUAGUUACUAAUGCCAGUAGACAGAGCGGAACGGUAUUUUUUUUUUUUCACUCGUCAAUUUUUAUUCCUUCUCGAACCUUCUCUACUUGGGCACCACACGGACCAAACUUUCUGCAAGUAAACUCAAUGAAAGUUGUUCCCCCUUCUGGCAUCUUCCUCUUACUAGGAUCGUCCUUCCUCCAUGACCGUUUUUCCUCUCCUCAAGUAGACUGCAAAACAGUCGGUUUUUUUUUCUCAAAAUCAGUAAAGAAAUCGGUAAAGCGUGGCAUAAAAAAUCUCCCCAGUCUCGCUCUCUGUUUUCAGCCUCGUUCCCGACGUUUUGUUUGACUGCUCGCGCGUACUUGAAUACGCAAAAAUACGGAAUGUUUUACAGUCUAUACCGUAAGUAAACGAAUAAGAUUUUAGCUGAGGUCAUUAUUUGAAUUGUUUGUACAUUUUUAGAGCAUACGCAAGGAUCGGAAAUGCCUAUAGAAAGCAAGAGAACCUAACAGAAGCAAUUAAAUUUUACAACAAGUCUCUUAUCGAACACAGAACUCCUGAAGUUUUAAAGAAAAGUCAAGAGGUGGGAUUAUUUAGUUUAAUUUCUACUUUUACAUGUUGAGUCAUUUUUGGUGAAAAAGCUCUUAUUAAAAGCUUUUGGCCGACAUUCAGCUCUCAGUAGCCUGCAUCGCUGAUGUAAUUUAACCUCAGUUAGUAACGUCUGCGACGCAGCGACGAGAUCCUUUUUCUAGGGCGCUAUCUGAUUCAACGAAUCACCGGAAGUGCUUUUCAAAUAUGCUGGUGGGCAAAUCGACAGUCAGUUUUUUAACAAGUCAGUCAUGGCUCGUACUCAAUUCGGAUCAUUACGCGUUUCUGGGAAAAGAUUAAGAUUGCAGGCCAUUAUUUAGCAGUUAUUGGUCCAGUCUGAGUAUGAUUCAAAGAAACAUCUUCCAAAUUUGGUCAACGCUAGCUGGUUAGGUCAGAAAAGGAAAAAUGUUAUGAACGAAUAGAGCAGACAAGUGAUCAUGUCACAAAAAGUAAAUUUGUGAAAUUUUGGGGUUGGUUCGUAUAUCCAAAAAGAACAAGAUGAAAAAUGUUCACUUGCCAAAAAUCAGUCUGUUGAUGCAAAUGAGCGAGGAGAUGUAACAUCAAUCUUGGAACAAAAAGUGUUGAGAACUUUGCACUUUCUUACCCACAAAACGCCUAUCUCGCGGGUUUGGUACCGCUAUGGCCCCUUCUCUCGCCCCACCCUGGUCAAAGUUGUUUAGUCGGGAUGAGAAAUGAUCCAGUCAGAUUGCAACAUUUUUUUUUGUGGGGGGGUGGAGUAUUUGUAGUUAACAGUGCUUCAAGAGCUUUAUCUUGAAACUAGACAUGGUAACGUCCAUCUUUCUCAACAUUUUUGUCCAAGAUUGAUUGUUAUACUCCAAUGACUCCAUAUAAGGCCCUCUAAAAGAGGCCUGGAUCCUUAACGUCACGAUUCAAGCCAAUUAUAGAAGGAUUUGCAUGGAGUCAUCUGAGCAAACCAGUGCUUAUAUCUACCAACCAAUUUGCACUAACAGGCUAAUAUUUGGCAAGGGGGCUUCUUUCAUCUUAUUCUUUCUGAAUAUGCUAACCAACCCCAUAAUUUUACUAACUUGAAUUUUUGUGACGUCACACUUCUCUUCUCUAUAGUAAAAGGGGUUUAGUGGGUUAUAAGGUCGAGGACUUAUAGUGGAUGAGUGUAUCAUCUCUCUCGUUCAACAGGCGGAGAAAGCUUUGAAAGAGCAACAGAGGUUAGCGUACAUAGAUCCAAAAAAAGCCGAGGAGGAAAAGGAAAAAGGAAACGCUCUUUUCAAGAAAGGUAAUCUUUCAAGAAACACGCACUGAUUCCUGCGAGUGUCCUUGAUGUCAUAAAUUUGAUAAAUUAGUAGAGACCUUUAGAUUCUAAGACGAGGACGACUACCAGUGCGAGAUUUUCUCAAUACUAAGUAGUGCGCGCGCGUGAACCAGCUUCAUUUUGGUGGGAAAACGUGGUAGCCGUCAUCAUUCUACUACGAGUUUUAGCGAGAAUGUAGUGACAAGGAAACUAGUUAUGAAAUCAGUGUUAAAAGUUUUAUCAUCUUGAGCCCGGGACAGGGCUUAACCUCUUUCACUAAUAACGAUAACAGUGCUAUCUUUUUGGUGAAAAAAUAAAAGUACAAUGUACCCUUUUAGGGUGUCUAUUUUUGAGAAUACACGAAGAGAAAUGUUAGUCAGAUCUCGUACUCGUAGUCGUUCUCGUCCAAGAAUCUAAAGGCAGGGGCGGAUCUAGGGGGAGGGUGCAGGGGGUGCACCCCCCCCUCAGCCAAAAAAAAAAUUAUGUGGUUUAUUGGUGUUGAAGUAGAGCAAGAGACGAGUGCACCCGCUCCCAAAAAAAAACCUGGAUGCGCCUCUGAAAGGUCUCCAGUAUCAACCAACCACCCAAUGCAAUGUAACUGAAAUAGAUAUCACAUGCAGGAGCUGUGUCACCAAACAUAAAAAAAUUCAAACAGUGAGAACUGCCAUCAAACUGAGUGAACAUAAAAAUAACUGCUCAAAACAUGUAUGAAAAGAAGGUAUAAAUAACGUAGCAAAUAUAAAAGCAGGAACGGAUGGACAAACUUGAAGAAGAUUGAAUCGGAUUGCAAUUAUUGUGCGUUUUGAAAAGUUGAUAGCCUAACAGUCUUUAGACGAAGUUCGUUUUUGUCAUUUGUAACAUUUGAUAUACUACUUGGAGGACAUUUGUUGGCACAAAGCAGUGAAUAAUGCCAUUUACAAGAAAUUUCUCAAGUUCCAUAGCGAAUAAGGACUCAUACUAUUGGCAUGGUAACCAAAAAUAUUAGUGAGGUAGACAUCUGUCCAAAGACUGUAUUACACAAAGAGCUGCUCAACUUGUAGGUUGUGCCAUGGUGUCUUGGACAGUGUGCUUGAAAGUAAAAGGCUUAAAAUAAUACUUUCUCGCUCCCCUUUCAUUGAUUUACUCAAACAGUAUAACACUGUGGAUGUUUAUUGAUGUUACAGAACCUAUUAUUGGUUAGCUAUUGCUUUGUUGUGUGGGUAGUGUCGGGUGUCUUUCGUUCCGUCAUUUGGUGAUUGCACCCAUCUGCAGCAUCAAGAAAGUACCAAAACGUUUCCUUUGGUGUCGUAUUUCAAUAAGCACCGACGACCGACAAAAUGCGUCGGCUACUUUGCUCAGAGAAGUCGGCUCCUUAUUGGAAGCUGGAAAUAAAGUAUUAAAUUAAAGAAAGAUUCUGUCAAAACCUAUAUUAAAAUUCAAUUUGCUGGACCUAGACAGACUUUUUGCCUCACAAUUAAAAUAUUUAAGAAAAGUUUGAAACUUACUUUGCGUUACUUGUCCAAAUUGAUCGAAAAUACAUUCUCUUUUGUACUCAAUUUAGUGCCCAGGACGCUGGAAAUCGCAUUUUAGGGAAUUGAAAUGUCGAAAUUUUCAAGGAGUGCAGAUCCCCAGACCCUGUAGAAGAAGGGGAGUAAAAGCUUCUGUUGCUACAGUCGGUUACUUUUUUAGAAACCUGCUGGCAACUUCAAUUUUUAUUGAAACCUCUGCGGUAUAUAUAUUUUUAGUUUCUGGCAAGUAGACUGUUUACAGUCCCCCACUUUUUCCAUUAGAUCGUGGAGAUCGAGCGAUUUGCGUUGCUGGCGGCCAUCUUUGAUAAGUGUCUAAUUUACCCCGACACCCUCCCUCUGGGUACGUAUGAAACCAAGAUGGCGGCCCGUACCGGUAAACGCUCGAUCCUGACGGUCUUACGAAUUCUUCGUGUACUAUCUGCCGACAAUCUUUUUGUGACACUGCUUUUAAGUUUGUUCUCAGUAUUGUUAUUGUUUUUUGCCUUGUAGGUGACUAUCAAGAGGCCUUAAAACAUUACAAAGAAGCUAUAAAAAGGGAUCCGAAUAAUGCCAAAAUCUACAGUAAUCGAGCAGCAUGUUAUCAAAAAUUAGCUGCUUUCUCCUUGGCUUUGGAGGUGUGUUCAGUGCUGUUAUUUAUGACCUUGGCUUCCUUUGUUUUUCCAAAGCAUCCUUUACCAGAGUCUCGUUUUGGCCUUGUCCACACGUGUCCGUUUUCGAAAUCAUUUUCGCCCUUCGCCUGUCAACACGA